ACUAGGUGGGUAAAAAUGUCCUUGGCAGGGCUGCGGAAAAGAUGACCAAGUGGGUGGGAGGGGGGCCUCUGGUUUUUGUUUCUUGCCCUGUGGGUGCGGACCCUGAGCAGGGAGCCAGAGAGUAGUCAGUGGCCAGAGAGGGCUGAGCAGGCCGCUGGGGGGUCGAUUGUGGGCACUCUUGUGAAAUACCCUGGAUGGGGUGGGGCAGAGUACAAAAGGCUGCAACCCAAAGCCACAGGAUGGUUACUCCAUCAGCAGCAGAGGUGGACAGAGAGGGCCAAGGGGCCUGGGGCCCGGCUUCUCCGGCUGGAGUGUCUGCCACCAGUAGGUUUGGGGAACUCCCACCAGUGUUAAAGACAGAGUCAGAGCUGGUUGGACAGCUCCGUUUGCUGCUCUUCAAAGUGAGCCGUCUGGGAGAAUUGGCGCUCUCCUGCAUCCUCUCCUCUGCCGGAGUCCCCAGCGGGGACGCCCAGUGAGCCUUCAUGGGAGCAGGGCUUUGCCCCAGGCCAGCUUAGGGGAGGUAGAGCCCUAGAGGACACGCUCACAGGGGCGCUGGCCCUGGCCCUCACCUGCUGCUGGCCAGGCUGGCCUUCGUCGCCCCAGCAGCUUGCUGCUGCCCGUCCCCUGGAGCUGUGUUGGCUGGCGGCCUUGGGGAGUGCCAGGCUGGUGAGAGAGCGGGAGCGAUGUGCUGAGUCAGCAUGACUCGCCAGGAACAGCCGUGCUCUGGGGCGCACUGGGGUUAUUUUUAAAGCUCCCGGCUUCCUUCUAGGCUGGCCCCUCCCUCAUCCUUCUAAUCUCUCCCCUGGCCCCUUUUCUUGCCUCUGCCUCCCUAAUAGCCCUUCAGUUCCCCUUCCCCCAUCAGACCCUCCUGGUCUCCCACCUGGUUCCCUAGGGGCAGGGGGACAGGGAGCAGCCCAGCUUGGGAGAGGCGAGGCUGAAGGGCGGUCCUUGAGGCCAGAGUGCCUGCUUGCUGUGCCCUCGGGUUAUGACGACCCCCAAUAAAGGAAACAAGGCCUUGAAGGUGAAGCGGGAGCCGGGAGAGAAUGGCACCAGCCUGACAGAUGAGGAGCUGGUGACCAUGUCAGUGCGGGAGCUGAACCAGCACCUGCGGGGCCUGUCCAAGGAGGAGAUCAUCCAGCUGAAGCAGCGCCGGCGCACGCUCAAGAACCGCGGCUAUGCCGCCAGCUGCCGCGUGAAGCGGGUGACCCAGAAGGAGGAGCUGGAGAAGCAGAAGGCAGAGCUGCAGCAGGAGGUGGAGAAGCUGGCCUCGGAGAACGCCAGCAUGAAGCUGGAGCUCGAUGCCCUGCGCUCCAAGUACGAGGCCCUGCAGAACUUCGCCAGGACCGUGGCCCGAAGCCCUGUGGCACCAGCUCGGGGUCCCCUUGCUGCUGGCUUGGGGCCCCUCGUCCCUGGCAAGGUGGCCGCCACCAGCGUCAUCACGAUAGUAAAGUCCAAGACGGACGCCCGGUCGUAGGGAUGCGCUUGCCCAGGCGGGUCUGCAAGGGGCCAGUAGGCGCAUGGCAAAUUCAGCAGCCCUGUCCCCUUCUCCCUCCCUCCUCUUUCUCCUCUUCUCUUCUUUUCCUCCUCUCCUACCUCCUCCCUUCCCUGCAAAGCACAACCUGCACCCCAGGGGCGCCGGGCUGAGCCCCUUUGAUCUCGUCGUUGUCAUCGUGUGUUUUGUACGUUGGGAUUGGUCAGUUUGGUGGUGACGUGGGGUCGCCCCCGCCCCCUUUGUCCCACGAGCAGGUGGGCUUGGAGUCCAGAGUCGGCCUGUGGGAGUGAACAGAGAGAAAGAUUGACCGGGUGCUCUGGGGCACAUGUGUCCCUGAGCAGGGAGGGCUGCAGGGCAGGAGAGAGGCUGUUCUCCUUGCAGAAUGGCCCACAGGCUCUGACAGCCGCCAGGCUAGCGGGAGGCCGGGAGGCCGGGAGGCCGGGCAGUUCACUCUCAGCUCGGCCUGCAGGCAUAGGUAGGCACUGCUCUGCAGAGUAGGCUGUCCCUGAGGGCCCUGGACAGGCGGGCCACUGGUCUGGCGCUGGGGGGGAUGGGGUGUCGUGUGGCUGUGGGCCGGGGGCCUUGGCACUCACACCUGACGUGUUGCACUGAACAAGACCAAAUCACUGGUUGUGAGCGUACGUGAAGGGUGUGUCCAGUGUCCUGCGAUGGGUCCCGUGUCACUGUUUACAUGACCUAUUUGUGUGGUUACAUAGCCCUUUAUUUAAAAGAGAGAAGUUCCUUUUACGAAGUUAUUAAAUUAUAUGUUUAAAAGCUAAAGAAAAAAAAAGCUGCAGAGUAUUUAUAAAACUGUCUUUUUAAAAAAAAAAAAAGCGAGAACAUUUGACCGUAUAAACAGAAAAGGGAAGAAAGUAUAAUAGAAACUUUGCUACUUUAAAAAAAGAAAAAAAAAUCCUUUCUUGUAAACUUACAGACAAGUCUUUGUGGCUGUUGAAGUUUAGUUUUUAUAUACACAGAGUUAUCAGACGUUAUUUAUAAAACUUAGUUAAAAAAAAGACAAAAAAAAAGCCAAGCCGUGAGCGACCAGAAGGCGCGUCCUGACGUCCUCUUUGCUAUCUCUUUUGCAAUUGUACCGAAAGUGACUUACUCCUUUGCCCUUCCUGCUUCCGUCUCUUGCCGGUGCCGUGGUGUUGUCUGUGCCUGGUGAGGUCUUGUGCAGCGUCACGUGCUGGUGCUUCUGGUGAUCUUUGACCUGUGGGUGUCACUUCUUGUGUCUGUUCUCCCGUGUUUGUUUUUUGGAUUUGGUUGUGGUUUUGCUUCUGCUGGCUUGUCAGGCCUGGGCUGUAGUGCCAGGCUGCGCCUGCUCCAGUGGAGCUUGGGUGUCUGUGCCUCCAGCCCAGCCUCUUCUGCUUUGGCGCCCACCCCGAGCCCCCGGGGGGUCAGAUGCAGGGCUCUGCCACACCCCUCUGCUGACCCUUGGUUUCGCAUGUGUGUCUCAGGCUUGGGCUGAUCCAGUGGCAGGGUAGGUGAAACUGGGGGUCAUCCUGGGCCCCCCUCCCGCCCCCUCACUACUUCCUUGCCCACCAUCUCUGGCCCUGGGUGGGGGCUUGCAGGGACCACAAGGAGUCACUGUGGGUGCCCGCCAGGCCAGGGCCAAGCUGCCCCCGACUGUCUUCCUUCUGGCCUCCAGUCAAUGUGUUUGGGCUCCAGCCACCAAUCUGGGGUUUGUUCCGGUGGGUUUUGUGUGGGCCUCAGCAGGGGAACCCCAGGGGCCCGCGGCCCACUCAUCCCAGAACUAUUUCCAUGCUGCGGGACGGUGCUUCCCAGGCAGAACCAGGUGGUUUCGGGGCCCACCUGGGGCAGCCCCUUCUCCUUGCCUGAGGGCCUGGGGGUCUCCACCAGUGCCAGACAAGGGCUACGGUCUCCAGGGCCAGGUCCUGUCCCCCCUCUCCCCCUGAACAUGCUGGCAGCUCUUGGCUAUGGGCCUUCUUUCAACUCCCUUUGGGGUCUGUGUCUUCCAGGGAUCCACUGCUUGGCUUGUGGAGGUGCUUCCCCGGGGCUGAGCCCACCUCCCCGUCCUGGCCACUCGGUGAGGCAGCCAAGUCUCCCAGACUUGGCUCAGGCAGCUGCUCGUAGGCAUGUGAUGGGGCUGCCUGUGGUGCCUGCUCCCCAAGAGGCUACUGCCCUGGCUCUGGCCGUGUGGGGCUUGGCUACUCCUUGGAGUUGCUGGUUGGCUUCUCUGGGGGUCCUGAACCCCUGAAAAGGCACAGACAAGUGAGCUAAUGAAAAGAAAAACAAUGUGGCCAGGCAGGGUUUAACCUUGUGGACAGCAGAAUCUUCAUCCCAGAGUUUACAGUGUGCCUGUGGGAUAGGAGGGGGGAUGUGCUGUCAACUUCUGUUGUCUUGAUGGGCUGAUCUUGGCCCUAGAUAUUCAGAGACAUUCCUGGCUGUACCCAGGUUGGCCUGCAAUGGAGAUUUUGACCAUUGACUCUGAAUCACUUAGUGGCUUCCUUUGCCUCCCUGCAGUCUGGCUUUGUCCACCUAAGGUCCAGACGAGAGUAGUUGAUGUUUCUUGUAGCAGCAAGUUGGAAUCACAUCAUAAGAAUCCCUAAAGAGAGAUCAUGCCCUGUCCUGGACAGGGGGAGGGACAGGCUCCCCAUGUCCAAGUACGGUUCCCACUUUUAUCCUGGCUGGGAGGUGGUCCUCCAUCUCUGUGCACCCCUGCCAUGCUGUAGACCUAGAGAGAGGAGGGUUUGAGGGUGAGCAUGUGCUGAACAGAAAUUGCAGGUCCUUGGUUUGGUUUACAGACGCUUCUGGAGUUAGUGAAGCUAUACUUCCUUUCGAGGUUUUUGGAUUUGGAGCAACUGUUCCUUGGGUCUGGGGGAGCAUCCUGCUCCCAUCAAGCCAGUCUCUUUGGGGCUGCUGUGCCCCUUCUCCCCUUCACUUUGGUUAUUGACAGUAGAUCCUGUGUCCACAUGUGACUGUUUGGCAUCUUUCUGAUUCUCGUUAAUUCGUUUUUCCUACUGUGAGUGUGUUGUGUUCUCUCUCCUCAACUUUUUGACACAGCGAAUUGAGGGCUUUGGCCGAGGCCAAGUCUCCCAAACUUGUCCGCUAAGUAAACCAUAAUGUGCACCUUCCUUCACACCUUGCCCACAUCCUCCCUAUCCCAACAUGGACACUCAGAUUUCAGAGGAGAACCCUUUGAGAACAGGUCAGCUCCUGCCCAGAGUAUGGCCCCAGGGAGCCCUCCCCAUGGCUCUUGGCUGCUGCUGCAGGUGGCACUGCGUUUGUGCAGGUGAGAAGUUGUGGCUGCUUUGUGGUGUGCUGGUUUCUGUCGGGUGCCAGGCCUCCCUGGAGGCUUUUCUACUCUUGGUCCAGGCUUCAGGUCUGGGCAUAACCCUGAUCAGCAGCAGCAGCCUUGAUGGUCGGUGGCUGGGCCCACGGCUCUGAUCAGCUGCAGCCUCCUUUGGGAUGGGUGGUCGAGCCCCAUCUUGUCCCUGCGACUUCCCUCUCUGGGGUGGCCGGUUGGCCAAAGCUUCCGUCCACAGCUGGGAAGCCACAGCCUGCAACACUGUUUCCGCUCUAGGAUCUUUUAAGUUACUUUUUUAGGCUGUGGUUUGGUGAAAGGAACCAACACAUUAACGAUUUUUUUCCCCAGAAGCCACUGAAUAAUUCUUGCUGGCCGGUUUUCGCCUUCCUUUUGGCUGUCUGGUUUUGAAGCAGAUGGGAAGAGGCAGGGGUGUGCCCUCAAGACUGAUGGCUUGUCCUGCUCUGGCCUUUGUGUCCUGAGCAUGUGCUGUACCUGUUGGACCAGUCGCACACAUUUCCACCCCACUCUGCAGCAGCAGCAGCCUUGGUACGUGGGUGUCCCUUCAGUCUGAGCUAGAGUGUAGGAGAGCUUGUCCCCGAUGACCUGUGAAGGGGGACCCCUCUAACAGCCUCAUGUCCCAGCCCCACCCUUCCCCACAUCCCCUCAAUCUGAAGCCUUUAACCAAACGGGAGUGGGUACAGAAAGCCUUCUCCUGGCAUCUUAGGGCAGCAGGACAAGGGCUGUCCAGUGUGUCCAGCUCUGCUGCUCUCCUGGCGCUGAGAAGUGGGCGGAGCAGAGUUGAUCAGACCCUGCCUGCCCUGCUUAGGGCUGAAGACAGGAGGUGGGGUGGGUACGCUGGGAUCUGCCGGGGUGGGCGGGGGUUGUUGAAGACCCAGGUGGGGAGGGGCCCCACUGGAGCACUCUGGCUGACCUGGGUGGCGUCGGCCUCGCGCCCUCCCUACCCUGUGCAGUAUUUAUUGCUAAAUUAUUGUCCAGGAGGGGCGGCACUGGGCCGGGCCCCGGGUAUUUAUUGCUGUACAUAGUGUAUGUUUGUGAUAUAUAAGGUUUUCUUUAUUUUGUAUAUGAUCAAUAAACACCUUUUAAAGAGA